CUUUGCACUAGACUUGUGAAUGGUGUUAGAAUUCUGGCAUUUGAUUGGUGGAAAUUUUACGAUUGACACUGUUGACCGUGGAAGAAAGAUGUUCAAAUUUCAAAGUUAACCUAACUGUUUUUGUUGUGGUUUUUGUUUUGGUUGGUGCUUUGGUGUUAAAAAAUAGAAGUUGAUCUGAGAUCUAGUCUGGUCUGUUAAAAAAAGUCUGAUAUAAAAGCAAAACUUAUACCCGAUUUUUUUUAUUUAAACACGCCAUGGAAUAUUUGCAGGAUAUUCUUCCGACUUCAACUUCCUAUGAAUACAAGAUAAUAGAUUUUUCAAAAAUCAGUGAACAAACAUUUCACACAACCAUCAGGGCCAAUAUAUUUUCAAAGGAAGCUGCUGAAGCAUGGCUCGAAGAUUUUGAAAGCCAAAACAAAGUAAAUUUUCGAGUUUUAAGAACUUAUGGUGGUGAUGGUCAAUUAAAGCUUAUAUUUGAGAAAGAUUAUCGAUGUCAUCAUAACACCAGAGCUAGUUUGCCUUCAUCUAAAACUAAGACACCUUCAUCCAAACAUGUUAAUUGUCAAGCUUCUUUAAAAAUCACUGUAAAACAAUAUAAGAUGAAAAGAAGUCAAGAUGAUUUAUUAAAGACACAUCCAUGUGAAAUAGUAAUAAAACAUAAUCACAAUCACUUACUAGAGUGUGCAGAUGCUUUAAGACACCGGAGACCAACUAAGGAAACGGAGGAAAAAAUACUUAACUUGUUUUCAAAGGGACAUUCCCCAUCUUCGGCUUUGGAUUUAUUAAAAUAUGAUUUACAAGAAGAAUACGGUGAUAAUUAUUAUAGAAUUGCAGCAGAUGGUGCACUGUGUCCUAAUUUGCAGUGGGUGUUUAACAAAUAUUAUACUACAUUCAACAAAGAAUAUGGUGCGUCAGAUGGAAUAGAAAUGAUAAAAUCCCUACAACAUUUUAUUGAAGUAUAUAAUCUCAAAUGUAAGGAUGAGUGUGCCAAAUUGUUUUAUAAUGAAACAGAUAAUGAAGUUAUCAUAGCUAUUUGCACCCCAUUAAUGAAACGGGUGCAUGAAAAUUUAAAAUCUUCUUCAGAAAUGAUGUUUGUAGAUGCAUCGGGGUCCAUGGACAGACACUGCAGUAGGAUUUUCACCUUUCUUUCACCUAGUUUGGCAGGAGCUUUGCCCCUAGGCCUUUUAAUUCUAUUUUCAGAAUCUGAAAAGGCAAUUACACAAGGACUAACCGUAUUAAGGACAAUCUUACCCAAAAAUGGAUUUUUUGGACAAAUGUAUCCGCUAAUUAUUAUGACAGAUGACUCUAAAAGUGAAAGAAAUAGUUUACACUCGGCGUUUCCAGAAUCGAAACUUUUACUUUGUAAGUUCCAUGUGUUACAAGCAUUUUGGCGAUUUUUGUUGAAUGCAAAAAACCAAGUUAAAAGAUGUGAUGCACCUGUAAUUUUUAAUUUAUUUAAAAGACUAUUUAAUUGUACAACAGUCAAUGAUGUAAAUGUUAUGUAUGAUAAUAUUAUUAAAAAUGAUCUUGUUAAACAGUACUCAAAUCUUAUAACAUACAUAAAAAGUAUAUACUCUCGGGCUGAUGAAUGGGUGCCAGCUUUUGUGUUAGAUUAUAAGACCCGAGGUCAUUUUACUAAUAAUUUAAGUGAAUCAAAUUUUCGAACUAUAAAAGACAAAAUUAUGAACAGAAUAAAAGCUUAUAGUGUUGUACAGCUCUUCGAUUUCAUGACAACCAGAUACGAAAGCUUCUUUGAAAGAAAACUUGCAGACUUUCUUAACAACAAAAGUGUUAAUUAUACUAAAUCAAGAUAUAAUAUUCCUAUUACAAAGACUAACGGUCUUUUGAUAACCAAGCUUUCUGAAGAUAUUUUUCUCGUAAAAAAUACCGCUAAGCAAACAGAAUAUCAAGUAAACAUGUUUAUAGAAGAUUGUAGUUGUCCAGUUGGUAUUCAGGGAGCACCCUGUAAGCACCAAUUGGCUGUUGCUGUAAAAUUUAAUUUGAAUCAUAAUUACUUACUUUUAAAAGAGAAUCGGUCUAUAAAAAUUCUAAUGCAUAAGAUUUUAACAGGGUCAAGUGAAAAUUUGCCAGAGGGAUGGUAUAAUAAUGUGGACAAUAUGACAGUUAAACCAAGUAACGUAAAAAUAACCAAUUCAUUUUUGCCAAAUAAUGAAAUAUUAAAUGAUCAACCAGACGACAAUCAUAACACAGAACCUCAAAUAGAACCUGAUGAUGAAGAGAAGAUAAUAAAUAUAACACAUAACCUUCAACAAAUUUUUGAUAAGUUACUUCAAGAUAUAAAAGAAGAUUCUCAAGUUUUAGAAGCAUCAGAAAAAUUCAUAGAAAACUUUAAUAAGAUUAAAACAAAAUCAGCACUUGUGUCUAGUUUACACACAUUUGGAAAACACCAAUUUUAUAGCUCAAAAAAAAUGAAUACCAUUAAGGUGCAACCAACAUCAUUGGCUAGAAGAAAAGUUUAUUUGGGAGGAAGAAGGCAACAACAUACAGGUAGACCCGCAAAACGACAUUUUACACCAGAACAUGGUUAUUCAAAUGCCAGUGCGAAAGAUGCUGGUCAGCCUCAGUGGCUUGUGCCUUUAAAAAGAAGAAAAACUACUGCAGCACCACAUUCCCUAUCACAUUGUGUGGAGCAAAAUAUAUCUUUAGGAAAAAGUCAUUAGGGAUAAUAGAUUUUAAUAAUUUGUGUAUACUAGUUAUGUAUAAGUAUCAUGUACAAGUUGGUCCACAUAAGAUGCUUCUAUAU